AUGUACGGAGCAGCGUUGGUGCUGCUGCUCGUGGCCGCUUGUGUGAGCGCCACACAGAAGCUCCAGGAGCGAUAUAGCUGGCAGCAGUUGGACUUCGUCUUCCCCAAUCAACGUCUCAAGCAACAGGCCCUUGCUCGGGGUGAUUACGUCCCGACAAAUGGUCUGCCCGUCGGUAUCGAGCGCUGGGAGAACAAACUGUUCGUGUCCGUGCCGCGUUGGAAGGACGGCAUCCCCUCGACGCUCAACUACAUCGACAUGAACCAAACACCGUCGGGUUCACCAGCACUCAUCCCCUACCCGGAUUGGUCUUCGAACGUAGCCGGUGACUGUUCGAACGGUCUCUCAACGGUGUACCGCAUCAAGGCAGAUAAGUGUGGUCGACUCUGGGCCCUCGACACAGGUACUGUUGGUAUCGGCAACACCACGCAACAGCUGUGCCCGUACGCACUCAAUGUAUGGGAUCUGAAGACGAACCGACGCCUGCGACGAUAUGAACUUCGUCCUGAUGACACUAACGCCAACACCUUCAUCGCUAACAUCGCCAUCGAUAUGGGUCGCAGCUGUGACGACACCUUCGCGUACAUGUCGGACGAGCUGGGUUAUGGACUGAUCGUGUACUCCUUCGAACAGAACAAGUCGUGGAGAUUUGCUCACAGCUUCUUCUUCCCGGAUCCACUGCGUGGUGACUUCAAUGUGGCUGGGUUGAACUUCCAAUGGGGCGAAGAAGGUAUCUUCGGUAUGUCGUUGACUCCACUGCAGGCUGACGGGUUCCGGACGCUGUACUUCUCGCCACUUGCGAGUCAUCGCGAGUUCACCGUGUCUACGCGCGUCCUGCGUGAUGAGAGCCGCGUUGAGGAGAGUUUCCACGAUUUCCAGUACCUGAAGGAGCGUGGACCUAACAGCCAUACGACUUCGCGGGUGAUGAGUGAGACGGGACUGCAGUUGUUCAAUCUGAUCGAUCAGAACGCGGUUGGUUGUUGGCAUUCGUCGCUGCCUUAUGCACCUGAGUAUCAUGGAGUCGUCGAUCGGGAUGAUGUUGAGCUAGUGUUCCCCGCAGACGUGAAGAUUGACGAAGAGGAGCAAGUCUGGGUUAUCUCCGAUCGUAUGCCCGUCUUCCUGAUCGCCGAUCUCGAUUACAGUGAUGUCAACUUCCGCAUUUUCUCGGCUCCACUUGCGUCUCUUGUCGCUGGCACGGUUUGUGACGUCCAGCAGCCUUUCACCGCUGGAGCUAUCCAGCCGAAGUUUGGAGGUGGAGACGUGACGACGAGUUACAACACCGAUGCGACAUUGUUGCCGACGACGUAUGCUCAGCCGCUGUCAGGUGGAUAUACACCUUCGCUGACCUACACGCCAACGGUAGCUCCACAGGCACCGAAAUUCACGACUGGGUAUGAGACACCGACCUCACAUAUGUACUCGACACAGUCCUACCCAACUACGGCUAAGGCGUAUGCCUACAACAAGUACCACGGUGUGGAGUUCCAGGCUCACGGGCAUCACCCAGGAGGCUACCACCACGCGGAACAUGAGGGUGAGGGUCACUACGGGGGGCACCGAGGUGGGUACUGGAGUGGGGCGCACAAGAAGCAGGACUCCUGGAAGCAGUACUUCUAUUAGAUGCCUUAUCUGAGGGCCGCCUUAUUAGCCGCCCGGUUUGACAGCGCACGUCCAUGCACUCGCGCACACAAACACACUCACAUAUACACUCACGCGUUUAGGUUAAGGAAAAUGGAGGAAAAAAAAACAUGCCCGAGCAAAACUCCCCUUCCCCCGCACACACCGCA